AAUAAAUAUGGCAGAACAUAUUUUAAAUCUAAUAAACAAAUAAGCAGCAGAAUAAUAAGGAUAAUUGGAAGAAUUAGAUAUCUCAGAGAUUAAAAUAGAGUAAAUAACACCUGAGAUUACUGAAAAUUUGAAGAAGCAUUCUUAAUUAUCAAGUUUAGCAAUUACAAGUUGUGGACUCAAAACUUUGGAAGGAUUACCAUAAAUUGAAUCAUUAGAAGUUUUGAUCUUGGAAGGUAAUAAAUUAGAUGGAAAUGCAUUAAAAUAUAUUAGUGAGAAUUUCAAAAAUUUGAUUUGCUUAUCUUUAGCAGAUAAUCAAAUUAAAACAUUUGAUGUAUAUAUUUAUAUUUAUCAAAGGAAUUGCGUGUACUAACAAAAUUACCUAAUUUAUAACAAUUAGAUUUAUCUGAAAAUUAAGUGGAAUAAUAAAAUGAAUAUCAUUAAAAGAUUUUUGAAAUGUUACCUAAUUUAUAAGUAUUAGAUAAUAAAAAUAAAGAGGGAAAGGCUAUUGAAUAUUCUGAUGUAAAAAUUAUAUUUAUUUUAGGAAGAUAUUGGCGAUGAAGAGGGUCUUGGAUCUGAUUCUGAAUUUAAUGAAGAUGAAGAUGAUGAUGAAGAAGAAAGUGAAGAUGAAUCUCCAAAACCAUAAAAGAAAACAAAAAAGUGAUUUUAAUCUAG